AUGAAGCUGCUUCAGGUUCUCAUUAUUCUGCUGUUUGUGGUACUUGCAGAUGGUGUGCAACCCAAAAAAUGUUUUAACAAUGUAGCAGGCUACUGCAGGAAGAAAUGCAGAAUAAGGGAGGUAUCGGAGGUGGGAUGCCGGCGUGGGAAAUACUGUUGCGUCAAUGAACUGGAAAACGAAAAGCAAAAAAUCGCCCAGCAGCCAACCCAACACAAGGAGAAGUCCAAAGGAAUCCAAGACUAUUUUAUCCUGCCCACCAUCACAUACUUUACCAUCACUAUCUAAAUGAACCAUUUGUUCCUCGAGGCCGGUGUCCUUCAAACCUGUGGAAUCAAGUGGGCAGCCUCAGACCCGUCUCUUUCCUCCUGUGAACUCGAUUCCCCACAUAAUAAAGUUCGAUACUUUUGCCUGUA